GAGGGAAAGUAAAGAAAACAGAAAAGGAGAGGGACAGAGGCACAGAGGACUUCUCACUCGGACAGAGAACAGACAGGCAUGGAACUCGCCCUCAUCCCUCACCUGCUUUUGCCAGUGAUGUUCCUGACAGGUCUGUGCUCCCCCUUUAAUCUGGAUGUGCAUCACCCACGCCUAUUCCCAGGGCCACCUGAGGCUGAAUUCGGAUAUAGCGUCUUACAACAUGUCGGGGGUGGACGUCGAUGGAUGCUGGUAGGUGCCCCCUGGGAUGGGCCUUCAGGUGACAGAAGGGGUGAUGUUUAUCGCUGCCCUGUAGGAGGUUCCCACAGUGCUCCAUGUUCCAAAGGCCACUUGGGUGACUAUCCACUGGGAAAUUCAUCUCAUCCUGCUAUGAAUAUGCACCUGGGAAUGUCUCUACUAGAGACAGACAAUGAUGGGGGAUUCAUGGCUUGUGCCCCUCUCUGGUCCCGUGCUUGUGGCUCCUCUGUCUUCAGUUCUGGGAUAUGUGCCCGUGUAGAUGCUUCAUUCCGGCCCCAGGGAAGCCUGGCACCCACCGCACAACGCUGUCCCACCUACAUGGAUGUUGUCAUCGUCUUGGAUGGCUCCAACAGCAUCUACCCCUGGUCUGAAGUUCAGACUUUCCUGCGAAGACUGGUAGGGAGACUGUUUAUUGACCCAGAGCAGAUACAGGUGGGACUUGUACAAUAUGGAGAGAGCCCUGUGCAUGAGUGGUCCCUGGGAGAUUUCCGAACCAAGGAAGAAGUGGUGAGGGCAGCGAGGAACCUGAGUCGACGAGAGGGACGAGAAACAAAGACUGCCCAAGCAAUCCUGGUGGCCUGCACAGAAGGAUUCAGUCCGUCCCGUGGGGGUCGACCAGAGGCUGCCCGGCUGCUGGUGGUUGUCACCGAUGGAGAAUCGCAUGAUGGGGAGGAGCUUCCUACAGCACUAAAGGCCUGUGAGGCUAGAAGAGUGACCCGCUAUGGGAUCGCGGUCCUUGGCCACUACCUCCGGAGACAGCGAGACCCCACCUCUUUCCUGUGGGAAAUCAGGACGAUCGCCAGUGACCCAGAUGAGAGAUUCUUCUUCAAUGUCACCGAUGAAGCUGCACUGACUGACAUUGUAGAUGCACUGGGAGACCGGAUUUUUGGCCUUGAGGGGUCCCAUGGAGAAAAUGAAAGCUCUUUUGGCCUGGAAAUGUCUCAGAUUGGUUUCUCUACUCAUCGGCUGAAGGAUGGGAUUCUCUUUGGAAUGGUGGGGGCCUAUGACUGGGGGGGCUCCGUGUUAUGGCUUGAAGAUGGUCACCGCCUUUUUCCCCCACGGACAGCCCUGGAAGAUGAGUUCCCCCCUGCUUUGCAAAACCACGCAGCCUACUUGGGUUACUCUGUUUCCUCCAUGCUUUUGCGGGGUGGACGACGCCUCUUUCUCUCAGGGGCUCCUCGGUUUAGACAUAGAGGAAAGGUCAUCGCCUUCCAGCUUAAGAAAGAUGGGGCUGUGAGGGUUGCCCAGAGCCUGCAGGGGGAGCAGAUUGGCUCCUACUUUGGCAGUGAGCUCUGCCCAUUGGAUACGGAUGGGGAUGGAACAACCGAUGUCUUACUUGUGGGUGCCCCCAUGUUCCUGGGACCCCAGAACAAGGAAACAGGACGUGUUUAUGUGUAUCUGGUGGGUCAGCAGUCCUUGCUAACACUCCAGGGAAUGCUUCAGCCAGAACCCCCCCAGGAUGCUCGGUUUGGCUUUGCCAUGGGUGCCCUUCCUGAUUUGAACCAAGAUGGUUUUGCUGAUGUGGCUGUGGGGGCGCCCCUGGAGGAUGGGCAUCAUGGAGCACUGUACCUGUAUCAUGGCACCCAGAGUGGGCUUAGGCCCCAGCCCGCCCAGAGGAUUGCUGCCAUCUCCAUGCCACAGACCCUCAGCUACUUUGGCCGCAGUGUGGAUGGCCGGCUGGAUCUGGAUGGAGAUGACCUGGUAGAUGUGGCUGUGGGGGCGCAGGGGGCAGCCGUCCUGCUCAGCUCCCGGCCCAUCGUCCACCUGGCCCCCUCCCUGGAGGUGACCCCGCCAGCCAUCAGUGUGGUUCAGAGGGACUGCAGCCGGCGAGGCCAGGAGGCAGCCUGCCUAUCUGCAGCCCUUUGUUUCCAAGUGACCUCGCGCACUCCUGGCCGCUGGGAUCACCAAUUCUAUCUGCGCUUUACAGCAUCCCUGGAUGAGUGGACAGCGGGGGCACGCGCCGUGUUUGACGGCUCUGGCCAGAGACUGUCCCCACGGCGGCUCCGGCUCAGUGUGGGAAAUGUCACUUGUGAGCAGCUGCACUUCCACGUGCUGGAUACCUCCGAUUACCUCCGGCCACUGGCCUUGACUGUGACCUUUGCAUUGGACAACACCACGAAGCCGGGGCCUGUGCUGGAUGAAGGCUCACCCACCUCCAUAAGAAAGCUGGUCCCCUUCUCAAAGGACUGUGGCCCUGACAAUGAAUGUGUCACAGACCUGGUGCUUCGGGCUAAUAUGGACAUCAAAGGCUCCAGGAGGGACCCAUUCGUGGUUCGAGGGGAUCGGCAGAAAGUGUUGGUGUCAGCAACCCUGGAGAAUAGGAAGGAAAAUGCCUACAACACUAGCCUGAGUCUCAGCUUCUCUAGAAACCUCCACCUGGCCAGUUUCAUGCCUCAGGUGCCUGGGGCAGAGGAGGUUUGGGAGGAGUCAGGGCGGGAGGAGAAUGGAGAUUGGGGUAUUGACCUGGGCUGUGAAGGGCUCCAGAGAAAGGCUCAGUGUUUGGAGGCUGCAGGCAGGAGAGCCCCUGCAGCCUCAGCUCUGGCACCACCCCCACUCCUCUGCUCUCAGAGGGACAGCCCUGUGAAGGUGGAAUGCACCACCCCUUCUCCCCAUGUCCGGCUCUGCAGUGUGGGGCACCCUGCCUUUCGGACUGGAGCCAAGGUGACCUUCCUGCUGGAGUUUGAGUUUAGCUGCUCUUCCCUCCUGAGCCAGGUCCUUGUGAGGCUGACUGCCACCAGCAAUAGCCUGGAGAGAAAUGGGACCCUUCAAGAUAACACAGCCCAGACCUCAGCCCACGUUCAAUAUGAACCCCACCUUCUAUUCUCCAGUGAGUCCACUCUGCACCGCUAUGAGGUUCACCCAUACGGGACCCUCCCGGUGGGUCCCGAAUUCAAAACCACUCUUAGGGUUCAGAACCUUGGCUGCUAUGUGGUCAGUGGCCUGGUCAUCUCAGCCCUCCUUCCAGCUGUAGCCCAUGGGGGCAAUUACUUCCUGUCAUUGUCUCAAGUCAUCACAAACAAUGCAAGCUGCACGGUACAGAACCUGACCAAGCCCCCAAGGCCCACUGUGCACCCAGAGGAGUUUCAGCACACAAGCAGACUGAAUGGGACAAACACUCGCUGUCAGGUCGUGAGGUGCCAUCUUGGGCGACUGGCAAAGGGGACUGAGGUCUCUGUUGGACUACUGAGGCUGGUUCACAAUGAAUUUUUCCGGAGGGCCAAAUUCAAGUCUCUGACAGUGGUCAGCACCUUUGAGCUGGGAGCUAAGGAGGGCAGUGUCCUACAGCUGACAGAAGCCUCUCGUUGGAGUGAGAGUCUGCUGGAGGUGAUUCAGACGCGCCCUGUCCUCAUCUCCCUAUGGAUCCUCAUUGGCAGUGUCCUGGGAGGGCUGCUCCUGCUUGCUCUCCUUGUCUUCUGUCUUUGGAAGCUUGGGUUCUUUGCCCGAAAGAAAAUCCCUGAGGAAGAAAAAAGAGAAGAGAAGUUAGAGCAAUGAAUGUAGAAUAAAGCCCUAGAAAGUCCUCUUGGCAGCUUCUCCAAAAGACUUGAGUGAGAGCCGAGGUUUGGGGGCUCAGCUGGACAAGAAGAGCCUCUAGACUGUCUCCCCAGACCUGCAGCCUGACUUGACUUUUGAGUCAUGAGGAUGCUGCUGGCAAGAGAUGAGGCCUUACCUCAGAAGACAAGGGCUGGCGCCCAAAGCAGAAACACUCUCCCUCUGUGCUUCCCUUCUCAGGAUCCCGCUGCCACAGUCAAUCCUGGGGCCUUGGUUGGGUGCCCCUUUUUCCUUAUCCCCAGGAAUCAAUAAUUUUUUUUGCCCAGGUUCCCUGGUAUCUUUUAGAUUCCCCCUACAAUCCUCCCUCACAUUUGGAAAGGGUGAGGGCAGAUCCUCCUCCAUUCCCUGCCUCUCACCUUCCUGUCUGCUCCCCACUCCACAGAAGGGAGCUGAUGUUGGCUUCAAAAAGUAAAGUCAACAUCUGCUGCUUU